AUGUUGAGCGACCGCAGUCCGGAAUUGCUGGAAAGGCAAUCUGAGAAUGCUUCCGAUGCAGACUCUGACCUGGAGGAGUUGGAAGAUGAUAUUGCCAAACUUGACCAGACAGUUAGGGACUUCAUAGCCGUGCAACGCGAUGAGGUUGUCCCAUCCGCGUCGUCUCUCCCUGGACUACGAGGGAAGGGAACUCGUGGACCACGAAAAGCAGCCAAACCUAGAGGUGACAUCACAGCGCGACUAUCAAAAGUGAACCAGGCUUUCCUGGGCGGCGACUAUUCGUUAGCACGCGACCUCGUUUUUGAAGUCAUCAGAAUCAAUGCAGAGACUCACCAAGCAUGGACAACUUUGGCAUCCAUAUUUCGCGAACAGGGCGAUAUGAGCAAGUCACUAUCAGCCAUGGUCUAUACUGCUCAUCUUCGUCCAAAAGAUGUCAAUGGUUGGCUUCGAUGCGCAAGAUUCGCACUGGAGAAUACCGGGGAGGACGAAGCCGGGAGCCUUAAUACUGCAAGGCUUUGUUACUCCGCCGCUCUACGCGUUGACGCCACAAACCAAGACGCGAGAUUAGGUAAGGGCUUGGUGUGUCACAAACAAGGUCAUCUUGCUGCUGCUAUCUCCGACUACAAGGUCGUACUGAAGCAUCGCCCAUACGACCUUGAAAUUGUCAGAAAGCUCGCAGAAGCUUGCGUCGACAACAAGCAAGCAGAUGCAGCCGUCCCAAGCGCAAUUGCAGCCUACAAGCGAUUUUUUGAACAUGAGAAGACGAAACCGGGUCUAGAGCAAGCAGAAGGACCGUGGAUUGAUAUCGGAAUUUACGUGGAGCUGUUCGCGUCAACAGGUCGCUAUCAAGAAGCCAUCCAAGAGGCGAAGGCGCUAGCCAGAUGGGUUUUGGGCCGAGAAUCCGAGUCCUAUUGGUGUGCUUGGUUUUCAGAUGACCGUGAAUGGGAUGUAGACGACGAGAGACGAGCAUCUGUUCCAGAAUUCAGAUCAGGACUUUGGAGCCCUGAACUUUAUGGCACAUCAUUCCCGUUGGAUCUCCGUGCUCGUUUAGCAAUUUACAGAUUUAGACUCGGAAACGAGGAAGAAGCCAUGAAGCACCUGUGCUGGUUUGACCCUCAGUCUCAUCUUACUCGAGUAUUUGCCAACGAGUUUCCGUUCUUGACUUUCGAUCUGGCGGAAGAAUUGGCCCACCGUGGUCAUACCCCGCUGGCAAUAUCGUACUACCGCAUCCUUCGGGAUCUGCCUGGUGAUCCUGAUGCAACAAUCUUGUUGCAACUAGGACGAUGCCAUUCUGCUGUGGGAGAGAACGCAACUGCUGAAGAAUAUUUUCUUGCUGCAAUCGAUGCGGAUGAAGACAACAUCGAUGCUCGUAUUGAACUCGCCAACAUGUAUGAGAAAGCUAGAGAAGAAGAAGAGGCUCUUAUCUUGGCAGCAGAGGCGAUGGCCCUUCGAGAGAUUCGCGACCAAGACCACAAUAAUGAAGAUGGCCAUGGCCACAUAAUAGGUACUGAACAGCCUUGCCGCCGAACCCAGCGACAGGCUCAGGCUGUUCCUCGAAGAACCGAUGUUUUUGGAAAACGACUUAUUACACGACGCUACCGACCAAAGCGUCUAGCUGGCGCAGAGAAGCGUCGGCAAGAGGAGCAAGCACGUGCUGUAAAGCUGGCGGAACAGUACGAGAUCGUCCAAGAUUUACGACGGAAGAUCAAAGAGGGAUGCCAUGACUUGAUACCAGAGUGGAUGGCUUCUUCGAAAGAACUUGUGGACGACUUCCGAUCAAUCAAGAAAUUCUACUCCUGGGAUAAGUACCUGCAUUUCCUGGGGCCAAAGAAUCAUUCGCAGCAACAAGAAGCAGAGAAGCCUCAGAACGAACUCUCACAGAUGUAUGAGAGACUUGCAAGAACUCUCGCACCUCAACCUAGCAACGGAAAUGGCGAAGACGGUUCUACAGACCUCGAUGGUCACCAGGGCAUUUCUUUCAACAACUGGCUCGACCUUUUUCUUGAUUAUGCGAUUGGGCUAGCUAUUGCCCAUCGGCGUGAAGAAGCUUAUCAAGUUUGUGAGGCUGCCAGGGAUUCAACUGCUUUUCGAGGACCAGAGCAUGGGUUUAUCAUUCACGUCGCAUGGAGUGUUUGUGCUAUUUAUACGAGCGAUGAGGAGAAAUGCAUCGCGACUGCUCGCCAGCUAAUGCGAGAAGGUGCCACGUCUGAUUCCUAUCGUAUGUUUGCUUUGGUGUCGAACCUAUGCCAAUCUCCCGUGUCCUGGUACACAUCAGGACCGGCACAGAAGUACAUCCUCCGGCAGAUUAAAGCCAUGGAUGAAGUACAUGGGGACACGGAGUCCAGUACUGGGCUAGAGAGGAAGAAAGGAUCGCCCCUGGAUGCUUGCGUGUUGAUGCUUUACGGGCACAUUCUUUUUACAUCAACAAGCUACACAUACGCUUUAGGGUAUUUCCUGCGGUCCCGUGCCCUCGAUCCUGACAACCUCAUGACAGUCGACUAA